AUGGUGCAGAACAUCCUAGCAUCAGAGAAUCUAACAGAACAUCCUAGCAUCCAAGCAUCUGAGAAUCCAACAAAACAUUUUAACAUCCGAGCAUCUGAGAAGCCAACAGAACAUCCUAGCAUCCGAGCAUCUGAGAAGCCAACACACUUGGACAAGAUGGACCCCAUCUUGGAAACUACCGAAAUUAUCGUGAAAGCAAUGCUCAUCAGAGGAGACUGUUAUAAAAUGGAAGUUGACAAGAUCCUAGAUGUGGGAGCAAUUGAGCAAAUCAAUGUUAAGGCCGAGAGAAUUGUUCAACUAACAGAACAUAUUGAGAUGAAACUAAAAUAUCUGUCAAAUGAGGUAAAGGAGUUGAGGGCAGAGAUGAAGCAGAUGAAGCCACAGAAGUAAAAAAAAAAAAGAAAAUGAUUGUAUAGUAAUAAAAAAAAUCUAUUAAAGACAUAACAUAACAUUGUAGGCAUAUAGUUGUAAAAAAAAAA